AUAAGAGGAGAAACAUUCCAAAUUUCCCACCCACACCACACACGUUGCCCGAUGCAUAAACCAGACCCUUCAGAUCUCCUGUCAAAACCUUUCCAACUUCUGAUAUACACCCACAGACCACACUAACAAUCACAAAGAUGGAGAACAAGUUGAAGAGAGAACGAGAGAUGGAGACCGAAGGGCCCUCCGUGGUUAUGGAAGAACAGAAGGACUCGACUUGGGAGAAUGAACCAACGUCAAAGCGUAUAACUAUACGUUCAAGUUACCGUCAGAUUGAAAAUAGAAUUAAUGAGGGGAAAGAUGAAAUAGCAAGUGGGGAUUCGGACAAGUUCAUGGCGAUUAUGAACGAAUUCGAAAACAUGCAUCAACAUGUGAACAAGCCCAGGGAGCAGGUUGCAGAUGCAGAGGCUUUGCUGGGGCUAACCAGCACUUUGGUGGCCUCUGUUAAAACACAUACUAGUGGAAAUGUUACUCCAGCUGAGUUUGUUUCUUGCUUGAUCAGAGAAUUUGGGCAGAAAGUAAUAAUGAAACAGUCUUUGGAGAAUUCACCCGAUGUCUCAUGGCAAAAUAUUGGCUAUCUAGUUAGUUCCAUUUUCAUGAAUGUACCAGGGUGCAUGACAAUGGUCGGACCUAUGGAAAAGAAGAUCAAGCAACGAAAGUUAGUCGAUUGUAUGAAAAGCUAUGAUUGGCAAGAUUUCCCUGUUCAAGCAGAAGGGAAAGCUCGAGCAGAAAGGAAAGCUCGACCAGCAGAGGUUGAGAAAACUGCUGAGGUGGUAACAAACACGAAUAGAAACUUGUUUGUGAUGUUUGAGGUAUUAAAGAAGCAGAAACAAGUCAAAGUUGAAAAUUUGAUGCUGAACAGAAAUUCAUUUGCUCAGACAGUCGAGAACCUAUUUGCACUGUCUUUCUUGGUUAAAGACGGGAGAGUUCGUAUUGAUGUAGAUGAGACUGGUUCUCAAGUUGCCAUCCCUACCAAUGGUCCAAGUGCAGAAGAAAUUAAGAGUGGAGUAGCUAAAAGCCACCAAUUCAUCUUCAGAUAUGACUUUGAUGACUGGAAGCUAAUGAAAACUCUGGUGCCAGAAGGAGAGGAAGCAAUGCCACAAAGAGCUAGGUAUACUGAUGCAUCUUUUGCCAAAGAGGCAAAAGGAGAACCAGGCAACAAACAUUUCAGCCAACCGAAACCAACUCCAGGUGAUUCUCGAUUUGUACAAACCGCACCAGUUAAGAAAUUCUCAAGGAACUAUGGCCAUACCGUGCAUGCAGAACUCUGACUUUACCGGAAAGUGGCAACAGUAUUGUUUGGAGUGGAAUUGCAAGCGUAAAAGAAGCACCAUGUAAGGUAAGAUAUACGGGUGUCUAUAUAUCUUCUUGGCUCCAUGGUUUCUAAUUCCAGCCUGGGAUUUCGAGCUUUUGGCUUGUACAUAAUUUUGGCAGAGCUGAAAAAUAUAUGCAGACUCUAGCUCUGGAUCAGUAAUAUCAGUUGCUUUAGCUCUGAUGAUCCAUGAAGGAAUUAUUAAACAGAAUUGUGUAUAUAACUUCUGAACUGAUCUUGA